AUGGCAAACCAAAUCGUGCUUCCAAGCUGGGUUCUUAUAAUCCGCGGUCUUCAAUUGCUUUUAGCCAUCGUUAUUUUGGGGAUGGCUUCAUACGGCGCAUAUUGGUUACGUUUGAGCUCCUGGGGAUGGACGAUCUUCACCAGUCUCGCAACCGUCUUCAUCGUUGUUUACAGCGUCCUCCCUGAACGCGUCGCCGCGCUCCAAAAAAUCUACAACCCCUUCGCGGUUCUCGCCGCCAAUGCUACCGCCGUGGUAUUCUGGCUCGCAGCCAUGGGUGCCCUAGCGGCUCGACGAGCGACUUUUAAGUACGCGACGACAAUUGAAAGUUGUUAUAAUGAUGGCUCUGGAGGGGUUUGUGCAAGAGGGCUGGAGAAGAGAGCGGCGUAUGUGGCGACGUGGCCCUAUUUGAAUAUGAUGAGUGCGUGUGCUGGGUUGUGUGCUAUCGAGAUGCUUUUAUUCAUUGCGACGGUUGUGGUAUUUGGGUUGGCUUUUAAGAAACAGAAUUCAACAACUCCGCAGACGCAUAAUCUUGAGGCGCAUGGGAUGCAACAGCAGCCGAGUGAGUUGGGACAGAAUACGCAGUAUGCACCGCAGACUCAAGGGCAGUAUGGACAGCAACCUUAUUAUAGUCAGCCUUCGGGACAGCAGUAUCAACCUGUUCAACAGUAG